GCGGGCGGCGCCGCGGGCAUCAUCGCGCGCACGGCGUCGGCGCCGCUCGACCGGAUCAAGCUCCUGUUCCAGGUGCAGGCGAUGGAGGGCGCGGGCACGUCCGCGACCGCGUACACCGGCGUCGGCCAGGCGUUCCUCAAGAUUUACCGCGAGGAGGGUAUCCUGGCCUUCUGGAAGGGCAACGGCGUCAACGUUAUCCGCGUCGCCCCCUACGCAGCCGCGCAGCUCUCGUCCAACGACGUCUACAAGAAGAUGCUCGCCGACGAGAACGGCCGGCUGGGGCUUAAAGAGCGACUCACCGCGGGCGCGCUCGCGGGCAUGACCGGAACCGCCAUCACCCACCCGCUGGACACCAUCCGCCUGCGCCUCGCCCUCCCGAACCACGGCUACAGCGGCAUGACCAACGCGUUCGUCACAGUCGCAAGGCACGAGGGUGUCGGCGCGCUAUACAAGGGUCUCCUGCCGACGCUCGCGGGCAUCGCGCCGUACGCGGCGAUCAACUUUGCGUCCUACGACAUGGCGAAGAAGUCGUACUACGGCGAGGGCGGUAAGCAGGAUCCCAUCGCGAACCUGUUCCUGGGCGGGGCGUCCGGCACGUUCAGCGCGACGGUGUGCUACCCGCUGGAUACCAUCCGCCGUCGCAUGCAGAUGAAGGGGAAGACGUACAACGGCAUGGCGGACGCCGUCGUGACGAUCGCGCGGAAGGAGGGGUACAGGGGGUUCUUCAAGGGGUGGGCCGCGAACACGCUCAAGGUGGUGCCGCAGAACAGCAUCCGCUUCGUGAGCUACGAGGUGAUCAAGUCCCUCCUCGGAGUGGCUACGCAGCCCAUCUAA